AUGCAGUCCUCACAAAACAAGCCUGCUUCCGGAAGCCAAUCCCAGAAGGCUGCUUCUAGCGCAAAGGGCGCAAGCAAGUCUCAAAAAGAUCCGACCGCCGGCUGGACCAUCGAGGAGAUGCUCGAAACCGGCAUGGACGAGAACGGCAAUCCGGUCCCUGAUCCCAUCUCGUAUAUCGACGGAGCUCGAAUGAGCAAAGGCGAACAUGGGUUCGACGAGGCCGAUGAGGUUUCCGCCGCCCUGGACGACUUCGAUUAA